UUUCUUUUGUUUUCACCCUUUCUUCUUUGAUUAGGUGAACACAAUGAUGUCAAUCAACAAAGGGAAGGAAAUAGCUGAAGGUUCUUCAAUACCAGCUACUGUUGCUGGUGUUGGUGAUCAGCGGAAUCCGCCGCCGUUGAGCCGGUACGUGUCGCAGAAGCGACGGGACUGGAACACUUUCGGACAGUACUUAAGAAACCAAAGACCACCGGUGGCGCUUUCGCAGUGUAACGCCAAUCAUGUCCUCGAAUUCCUUCGUUACCUAGACCAAUUCGGCAAGACCAAGGUGCACUUACAAGGUUGCGUGUUCUUUGGGCAACCGGAGCCGCCGGGGCCGUGUACGUGCCCUCUCAGACAAGCUUGGGGUAGCCUCGAUGCUCUCAUUGGUCGACUCCGGGCCGCUUAUGAAGAGAAUGGCGGGUUGCCUGAGACCAAUCCUUUUGCCAGCGGUGCUAUAAGGAUUUACCUUCGUGAAGUGAGGGAUUCCCAGGCUAAAGCUCGGGGGAUUCCUUACAAGAAGAAGAAGAAGAAGAGAAAUCCAUUGAAAACUAAUGAAGUUAGCUCAAGCUUCCAAAUUCAGCAGCCUUGAUUCUCUUAUGGGUCCUAAAAUAAAAUUCCAAGAGCUUGAAUCAGCCAUCAUUUCCUCCUUGGAUCAAGAUAUAGGUAAAUAGCUAGCUAGUUCAUCAGCACUGCCUAUAU